AUGGCGGCGCCCGCCUUCCUCCAGAACAGAACGGCGGGAAGGCGUGCGGAGCCGAGUUCGGGCCCGAGUCCGGUUCCCUGCGGGCCGGCAGCGGCGGGGUCAGGGUCAGUCACUGGGGGUUCGGCCGCGUCAGCGCGCGGCGGGCACGCAGCUGUAGUGCAUUUGCCUGCCUCACCGCCCGGCGUCACCGACGGCCUGGGGAGCGAGGGCGAGGGCUCGCGGAACGCAAGGGCGAGGGUUUACAGGCCAGACCCGAGCGCGCAGCCUGCCGGCGCCCGGCGAGCGCGCGCCCGGCCCCCGCGCGCGACCCGGUCCCCCUCGGCGCGCCGGCGCGCGCGCGCCCUCCCCCGCCCCCCGCAGCCCGGCCCGCGCUCCCACAGCCCGAGCGCCGCUCAGCUGACCCCGGGCGCCAGACGCCGCGGCUCCCGGCUCGCGAGCGCAGCUGCCGCGGCGCGGGCCGCGCUCGGCCGAGCUCCGGGCGCCCCUCCCCCUCCGCGCCGGGAUCCCGACGAGCGCGCGCGGGCCGCGGCCGCUCCCCGGCGCCGAGCCAGGGGCCAGGCGGCGGCGGCGGCGGCGGCGGCGAGGGGCGGCCGCGCGGCCAUGGGCGCGCCGGCGCGGCCCUAG